GAAUUUUUCUUGAAGCGAACUCUUAAAAAUUCUCUUCAAUGGGGCCACGGAUGGGGAAUGUCUUACUUUUCCCAAUGUCACGUAAUCGUGGUCAAUGCUCUCUCGUUUACGUUGCUCCAAUGCAGGUGCCUGGUUAUUUUUUGCCUUAAGUCUUCAAGAUAUCAAUCCAUUAAUCAAUCAUAAUGUGAUCUCGCUUCAUAGUCAUAAGAACUACUCGAGUACUGAUACCCGAAAAAUCUACUUAAGUACAGUCACCAAGUAUGUAUACUUAGUUACUUCCCACCACUGCCUGCUCGGGUUCAAUUGUCAUAAAAUGGCCAACCCAGUGGGCUAUGCCUAUGUGUCACUUUACGUUACAGUGAACACACAGCGACUGAAGACUGGGGAAGAGCCGCUCCUGUUAAUGAAACGCUCGCCGCGAUUGGUCGAGCGAGUAAUCCCAGCGGCUUUGGCGCGCCUAUACUAACGCGUGCGCGGGGCCGGACGCGAGCCUCACUUUGCCCAAGGCGAAGGAGGGCGCGAGAGGCUGGAAGCAGCGCACGUCAUCAUCCGCCGAGCACACUUGAACAAGUUUGAUCGCAAGUUGUUGUUGUUGGUGGUGGAUGCGGUGGAGGUGGCGAGCUCUACGCGCAGCAGCGAGGAGCGGCGCGCACAUGUAGACUUUCACACUCCUCACCAGCCUCCUUCUUCAAGAGUCACCACAGAGGCGAGGAGAGGGGCAAAGUGGAACGGCGUGUUGGUUCCAGUUCUAAAAAGAAACGGGAAGUAGACGGUUUUUUUUUUCAAUUAUUAUAUAUUUUGGGAGCGAAGAUGAACGCCAGCGAUGAGAACCUGCUCAAGUCCAUCAGCAACGACGCGCUCCUCGACCUGACGCAGCGCUACGGCCAGUCAGCCUUCGGCUUCGGCGCCGGCCACGGUCCCGGAGCCCCCGGCCGUUUCCCGCUCACGCCGGCCACUGACUUCCUCAGCGGGCAGACGGCCAAGUCCAACGAGAGCGGCGGGGAGCACACCAGCGACGACGAGGAUGCCUUCGACUCUCUGGAGUCACGGAAAAGAGGGGCGCCCUUCGGGGACGACAAGCCCGGGGGUCCCCUGGCCAAGAAGUCGAAGGAGCAGCGCUCCCUACGGCUCAGCAUUAACGCUCGCGAGAGGAGGAGGAUGCACGACCUGAACGACGCGCUGGACGGCCUGAGAGCCGUCAUCCCCUACGCCCACAGCCCGUCGGUGAGAAAACUCUCCAAAAUAGCCACUCUCCUCCUGGCCAAGAACUACAUCCUCAUGCAGGCUCAGGCUCUGGAGGAGAUGCGGCGGCUGGUGGCCUAUCUCAACCAGGGACAGAGCCUCUCGUCGCCCAUCCCCGCCGCCUUGGCGCCCUUCGGCCAAGCCACCGCCGUGUACCCCUUCUCGGGCUCGGCUCUGGCCAGCUGCGCCGAGAAGUGUUCCAACUUCUCGGGAACCCCGUCGACUCUGUUCAAACAUUGUAACGACAAGCCUUGAUUCGCUUCCGCUCUCUUACCCGAACUUUUUAGCUGCCUACUGCAUCUUUCUGGCUCAAUUUAUUUUUUUCAAGUCAUGCUGUGAGAAAAUUGUGCACAAUUAUUCUGAUCAACUUGAUGCUGCGAUGUCUCGUCUUGAUUCAACGAACACUGCGUUGGUAAUAAACUCUUCAGGCCUUGUCAGUUACUUGCCCGCAGGCCGCGUUCGAACUAAAGUGAAUGAUCAAUUUAAUCUCCGCCCCCGCCCCCUUCAAUUUGUAAUCUAUGCAAAUUUCAACACCAAUCCGGUUAGAAAAAAAUCAUUUUGACUUUUUUUUUUUUUUUUUUUACAGAAACUAGGACGGAAUUUCCCGUGAUGAUGUUUUGAUGCCUAAUCUUUUCCCCCCUCCAGAAUAUUGAGGACCUUGUUAUUUUUCAAGGUCUUGCACGUAUCACGAGAUUGUAUUGUACAACUGUGGAGAAAAAAAAGCCCAACUGUGCGAAUAAGGCUUAUAUUUCAUGCCCGCAAAGAAUAACAUUUUUUAAUUGUGUUGCAAAAAUGAAUUUCAUAAAUUGUUGACAUGUGUUUAUAAUUAAAAUCAUAUCUAUAUGUUCAGACUCACUGAUUCAUUUUAACCAUGCUACCAGCUCUGUAUUUUCUCUUAUUUUACAAUAAUAUAUAUAAUAAUAAAUACAUACUUGAAAUGUCUG